AUGAAGAGACUGAAUUAUCUCCCCGCAUUGGGAGACCUGAAUACGCCGCUUCCGCAAGAACAAUUGGCCGUCUUGGAAAGAGAGGUCGAGGACGAGAAACCAGAACCCACCGCCCAGUCGCUGUUCAACCUCGCCUGGGCCCUGAUCAAGUCCAACAGCAAACGGGACAACAAGGAGGGCGUCAAUAUACUCACAGACCUGUUCAAAUCGGUCCCUGCUAGAAGACGCGAGUGUCUGUACUACCUGGCAGCCGGCUGCUACAAGAUAGGCGAAUUAAAGGAAAGCAAACGAUACAUCGACGCUUUGAUCUUGCACGAGCCAGACAACUUGCAGGCCGUCAACUUGAAGAAAGAGAUCGAGAGCGAAAUCUCCAAAGACGGGCUGAUCGGGCUUGCCGUGGUGAGCGGGCUGACCGCGAUCGGCGUGGGGAUCGCCAGCGCCAUCAUCAAGACACAGUCCAAAAGGAAAUGA